UCUGUGUGUGUCCGUCUCGCCGGAUUCUUAUUUCUACCCAAACUUUCUGAAAUUGCCGACUCUCCAAAACCCUCUGAAAAUUCAGCUUUUACAAAAUGCCAGCUGUUUCAAAGGGAGAUGGGAUGCGUGGCCUUGCGGUCUUCAUUUCUGAUAUAAGGAAUUGUAAAAGCAAAGAAGCAGAAAUUAAGAGGAUAAACAAAGAGUUGGCCAACAUCCGAUCCAAGUUUAAAGGAGAUAAAGCUUUGGAUGGCUACAGCAAGAAGAAAUAUGUUUGUAAGCUGCUCUUCAUCUUCCUCUUGGGCCAUGACAUUGAUUUUGGUCACAUGGAGGCCGUCAACUUGCUCAGCUCCAACAAAUAUACGGAGAAACAGAUUGGUUAUCUUUUUAUCUCUGUCUUGGUGAACAGUAACAGUGAUCUGAUUCGGCUGAUCAAUAAUGCCAUAAAGAAUGACCUGUCAAGCAGGAACCCCACCUUUAUGAACCUAGCCCUGCACUGCAUCGCCAAUGUGGGCAGCAGAGAGAUGGCAGAGGCCUUUGCUGCAGAAGUGCCACGUAUCCUGGUGGCAGGGGACACUAUGGACAGUGUGAAACAGAGUGCAGCCCUCUGUCUGUUGCGACUCUACAGAACAUCUCCUGACUUAGUGCCUAUGGGAGAGUGGACAGCCCGUGUAGUACACCUCCUCAAUGAUCAACACCUGGGUGUGGUGACUGCGGCCACCAGUCUCAUUAUCACUUUGGCUCAGAAAAACCCAGACGAUUUCAAGACAUCUGUGUCACUGGCUGUGGCCAGGCUCAGCAGGAUCGUCACGUCAGCCUCAACUGAUCUGCAGGAUUACACAUAUUAUUUUGUCGCUGCCCCUUGGCUGUCAGUCAAGCUCCUUCGCCUCUUGCAGUGUUAUCCUCCACCUGAGGAUGCAGCUAUCCGUGGGCGUCUGACUGAAUGCCUGGAGACGAUCCUGAACAAAGCCCAGGAACCACCCAAGUCUAAGAAAGUGCAGCACUCCAAUGCCAAGAAUGCGGUAUUGUUUGAGGCAAUCAGUCUCAUCAUACACCAUGACAGUGAACCCACCCUCUUAGUGCGGGCGUGUAAUCAACUGGGUCAGUUCUUGCAGCAUCGAGAGACCAACCUGCGUUACCUGGCCCUGGAGAGCAUGUGCACCCUGGCCAGCUCAGAGUUCUCUCAUGAGGCAGUCAAAACACACAUCGAAACUGUCAUUAAUGCAUUGAAGACUGAGCGGGACGUCAGUGUAAGACAGCGUGCUGUGGACCUGCUCUAUGCCAUGUGUGACCGAAGCAAUGCUAAACAAAUCGUUGCUGAAAUGCUCAGCUACCUGGAAACAGCUGACUACUCCAUCAGAGAGGAGAUUGUGUUGAAAGUGGCCAUUCUUGCAGAAAAGUAUGCUGUAGACUAUACCUGGUACGUUGACACCAUCCUGAACCUGAUCCGCAUCGCUGGGGACUAUGUCAGUGAGGAAGUGUGGUACAGAGUCAUCCAAAUCGUCAUCAACAGAGAUGAUGUUCAGGGAUAUGCCGCUAAAACUGUGUUUGAGGCUCUUCAGGCUCCUGCCUGCCAUGAAAACCUGGUGAAGGUCGGAGGGUAUAUCUUAGGGGAGUUUGGAAACCUAAUUGCAGGAGAUCCACGAUCCAGUCCAUUGAUCCAGUUUGAUCUGCUCCAUUCAAAGUUCCACCUGUGUUCAGUGCCCACACGUGCACUACUCCUCUCAGCAUAUAUUAAGUUCAUUAACCUCUUCCCUGAGGUGAAGGGCACCAUACAGGAAGUGUUACGCUCCGACAGUCAGCUGCGCAAUGCAGACGUGGAGCUGCAGCAGCGUGCAGUUGAGUACCUGCGCCUCAGCUGUAUCGCCAGCACAGACAUACUGGCCACAGUGCUGGAGGAGAUGCCACCCUUCCCUGAGCGAGAGUCUUCCAUCCUGGCCAAGCUUAAGAGAAAGAAAGGGUCUGGUACAGUGUCAGAUAUUGAGGAGAACCGUAAGGAACGCAAUACAAACGUCAACGGGGGAGUCAACCACAGCAGUGCCAACACCAAUGCUAAAGUAACCUCCUCUUCCUCCACAGACCUGCUGGGAUUAGGCAGUAAUACAGCGAUAAACUCCACCCCUCCUCCUGGUCCUAGCACUGCAGCUAGUCUGCUGGUUGAUGUAUUUUCUGAAACAUCUCCUACUGGUCCUCUUGGUGCCCCAUCAGCACCCGUCUCUGACGACAACUUCUCUCGGUUUGUGUGUAAAAAUAAUGGUGUUCUGUAUGAGAAUCAGCUGCUUCAGAUUGGCCUGAAGUCUGAGUUCAGACAGAACCUUGGUCGAAUGUACGUCUUUUAUGGAAAUAAAACCUCAACACAGUUCCUGAAUUUCUCAGCCUCUGUGGUCUGUCAGGAUGCCCUCAGAGCUCAGCUUAAUGUUCAUGCUAAACCUGCUGACCCCACAAUUGAUGGGGGUGCUCAGCUCCAGCAAAUACUGAAUAUUGAGUGUGUCUCAGACUUUGUAGAAGCACCCGUGCUUAACAUACAGUUCAGAUAUGGAGGUACACUGCAAAACAUUGCUGUGAAACUUCCAGUUACUCUAAACAAGUUCUUCCAGCCCACUGAGAUGACCUCACAAGACUUCUUCCAGCGCUGGAAACAACUUAGCGCUCCCCAGCAGGAGGUGCAGAAGAUCUUCAAAGCCAAACAUAGCAUGGACACGGAGGUCACCAAAGCCAAAAUCAUUGGGUUUGGUGUGGCACUAUUAGAUGGGGUUGACCCGAACCCCUCUAACUUUGUUGGUGCAGGAGUGAUCCAUACCAAGACCACUCAGGUGGGCUGCCUGCUGAGAUUGGAGCCCAACACACAAGCACAGAUGUAUCGCCUCACACUGAGGACCAGUCGGGACAGUGUUUCUCAAAGGCUCUGUGACCUGCUCUCAGAUCAGUUUUGAAAGCCCUCCUGUACUGAGCUGUUACAAUUAAUCCUUACUCCAGGGCCAGCCCUGAGAAUGCCCUCCACCUCUCUGUUGUUCAUUGAACUGAGAUCUGCUGAACGUUACCCUAGCAUCUCACGCAAACACCGUAUGGUGCACCUGCAAAAUCAAUCAAACCUGCACCCACUCCCCACACCCUCUUC